UUUUUUCGCCGGGUGACGUACAGUCAUGUUAGCAGGUAGAAAAAAAAAAAGUUGCAAAGCAACCCUUCUGUUGCCUUCGAUUACAGCGGCCCAACUGCUGUGCGCGCUCUUGUUAUUUCGAGGUGUCGGCGCUCCACCUCCUCCUGCUUCUCUGCCUUGCCCUCCAGCUUCUUGCGCCGGCCAAAUCGACUCAGUUCCUCGCGGACGGAAACCGCGAACUGGAACGAAACACCCCCCGGCCCCAACAACGACACCUUACUUGCCCACGGCAGCAGCAGCAAUGUCCUCAUCCAAGGACCACGUCGACCGUCCCGAGGACGAUGUCGACGAGAACGACAUGCUCGACGCCGAUGAGGCCGCCGAGGAGAUUGUCAACGAGGGCGACGACGUGGCCAUGGACUCGGACGACGAGGCCGAGGAGCUCGUCCUGCAGAACGACUCCAUCGCCUACUUCGACCUACCCCAGGAUUCCCUCUUCACCAUCGCCCAGCACCCCGUCCACCCGUCGCUCGUCGCCGUUGGCGGCUCCGCCGGGCAGGACGACGACGCGCCCGGCGCCGGCUGGCUGUUCGACACCUCGGCCGCGGUCUCGCGACCCGUCCUGCCCCCGUCCUUCGCCAGCGACCCGGACGCCGCUGCCGAGGCGCCCAAGAGCACUCAGCUCGAAAGCCUCUUCUCGCUCGACGGCCACACCGACUCCAUAAACACCCUGUGCUGGACGCUGCCCCGCGGCGAGGUCCUCGUCAGCGGCGGGCUCGACGGCCGCCUGCGCGCAUGGCGGGCCGACGUCCGGCCCCAGUCGGGCGUUUCCAUGAAGCUCCUGGGCGAGACGCAGGAGGUCGAGGAGAUCAACUGGCUCGCGCCCUGCCCUUCGGCCACGAACCCCAACACCGUCGCCUUUGGCGCCUCCGACGGCUCCGUCUGGGUCUACACCAUCGACCCAUCCGACGAAGCGAACCCUCUCCAGAUCGUACAGUCGUACUUCCUGCACACGGGACCCUGCACAGCCGGUGCGUGGACGCCCGACGGGCAGCUGCUCGUCACCAUCUCCGAAGACAGCAGCCUAUACGUAUGGGACGUCUGGGGCGCCGCCGCCGCCAAGGGCCUCGUGGGUGACAACGGCAUGACGGCCGUGUCGCUGACGGGCGAGGACCAGCGUUUCGAGGUCGAGGGUGGCCUCUACUCCAUUGCCAUCGACUCCAAGGGCACCUUUGUCGCCGUAGGCGGUGCCGGCGGUGCCAUCAAGAUCGUCUCGCUGCCGCGCCUCGCGCAGCAGGGGGGUCAGAGUCAAGCGCGCAGCAGCGCCGGCCGCGGCGCCGCCAACAAGGCCGCGACCGACGCAGCCGCAGGCGGGCAGAUCCUCGCGUCGCUGCACACGCAGGGCGACAGCGUGGAGACGCUGGCCGUGUCGUCCCUUCAGACGACGCCCCCGACGACCCUGCUCGCGGCGGGCUCCGUCGACGGCAGCAUCGUCGUCUACGACGUCUCCCGCCGCUUCGCCGUGCGCCGCCACAUCGUCGGCGCACACGAGGACCACUCGAUCGUCAAGGUCGAGUUCGUGCGCGGCACGUGGCUGCUGACCAGCUGCGGCAUGGACGGCGUCGUCCGCAGGUGGGAUCUGAGAGCUGGCGGCGCUGCCGCCAGCGGCGGCGGCGGCGUCGUCGCGCCUACCGGGGCCCAGCCUGCGGGCGCGGCCGGUGCCGGUGGCGCUACUGCUGCGACAGCGGAUGCGGGGCUCCUCAAGGAGUGGAAGGGCCACAGGGGCGACGGCGAGGGAGGUGGCGUCCUGGGCUUCGUGCAGGGUGAGACGGGCGAGAGGCUCGUCACAGCAGGCGAUGACGGCGUCGCCCUGGUCUUUGAGGCAUGAAGGAAGCAUGUGGGAAUGUACAGUCGCAGAUUACUCAUAUAUAAAGGGUCGGCUGUGCAACUAGACUUGCCUCACUACGACGACGAUGAACACGGGGCCUCUAGAGCCUUGUCACGCAUGAAACUGGUUUUGUCGCUCGAAAAGGACAAAUCGUAAAUGUAAUGUAAUUCUAGAUGCUUGAUUUAUUUCAAGAUUUCUAUGUGAUUCGCGGC